GGGAGAGAGCCAGUCGAUGGAUGCAGUUUGGAGAGAGGGGACCCCACCACUUUCUCCACUGACGAGGAACAGCUAGCUACAGACGAAAGGCAUGGAGGCGAAAGGCAGACACAUGCCCCCAGCCAUGGUGUGGUGCGAGCGGGGGAUCCAGGUUCUGCUCACCACCAUGGGGGCCUUCGCAGCCUUCGCCCUGAUGACCGUGGCCAUCGGCACCGACUACUGGCUCUAUGCCCGGGCUUUCAUCUGCAACAGCACGGCCAACUCGUCUCAGGAAGACCCCAACAACAAGGACAAGAAAGACCCCGGCGCGCUCACCCACUCUGGCCUCUGGAGGAUCUGCUGCCUGGAAGGGCUGAAAAGCGGAGUGUGCUCUCAGAUCAAUCACUUCCCUGAUGAUGCAGACUACGACCAGGAUGCUGCUGAGUACCUGCUGCGCGUAGUUCGGGCCUCUAGCAUCUUCCCCAUCCUGAGUGCCAUCCUGCUCUUGCUGGGCGGGGUGUGUGUUGCUUCCAGCAGCUUCUAUAAAAGCAAGAGGAACAUCAUUUUGGGCGGGGGAAUCCUGUUCGUGGCAGCAGGUCUAAGUAACAUCAUCGGUGUGAUUGUGUACAUCUCGGCCGCACUAAGCGACAUCUCCCCUAAGAAGGACGAGGAUAAGAAGUGGCACUACUCUUACGGCUGGUCUUUCUACUUUGGCGGCUUGUCCUUCAUCCUGGCUGAGAUGGUGGGCGUUCUCGCCGUGAACAUCUAUAUUGAGAAGAACAAGGAGCUGCGCUGUCGCUCUCGUACCGACCUCUUCAAGACCACCACUCACGCCAUGCUCCGCCUCCCCAGCUACCGUUUCCGCCGGCGUUCUGGCUCUAGUUCACACUCCACCGACCCGCCCCGCUCGUGCGACGCCUCGCCCGUAGGGGGCGCCAAGAGCUUCACCCUGCCGCCCUCUGCCCCGCCGUUCUCCGUGGCCACCCUGCCCAACCCCCACCACACCAGCGGCGGAGGAGGGGGGGAUAUCUCCAUGUACACGCUGACCAGGGACUCCAAGCUGGGGAGUCUGGGAGGAGGAGGUCCCCCUCUGUACGGGACGGUGGAUCGGGCCACGCUCUACCAGUUGCACAACUACUUCCCAAAAGAUGGUGGCGCGGACAGUGGAGGAGGAGUGAUUAUGAGCGGCACCCUGCCGUCCCUCUCCAAGUCCAACCUUGCUGCCUCGGCCCAGAAUGCACCUGUGUCUGCCGCGCCGCUGAAUACCUCAACCUCCUCAGGCCCCGCCCCCUCUCAGCCGCCCACCGCCACCAUGGAGCGUGACAGAGGCAUGGCCACGCUCGAUAGGUUGACGGCCAAGCGUGACAGAGAUAGCAACUCUGACACGUUGAACAGGAGAACCACGCCAGUGUGAACCUCGGAUAGAGAGAGUGUGG